AUGAACCACGACUUUUCGCUUGCGACACGUUCGCUUUCUGCUGGAGACGCUGUCAUCCUUGUGAUGGGUAUCACUGGUGUUGGAAAAAGUACAUUUAUCUCCAAGCUCACAGGAGAAGACGCGGGAAUCGGCCAUGACUUGGCAUCUUACACAAAAGGCAUCGGAAUCUACAGUAUGAAUGUCGAAAACCGAAUGAUUUACCUUGUAGACACGCCAGGGUUCAAUGACACCUGGCGUUCCGACCUUGACAUUCUCAAGGAAAUUUCGUACAUCACAUCAACAAUCUACAAGCACGGAAUGAAAUUGGCUGGUAUACUAUAUCUACAUCGUAUUUCUGACAACCGGGUCUCUGGUUCAGCCGCCAAGAACUUCACCCUGCUACAAAGGAUUUGUGGUCCCGAUGCAGCAUCUCGGGUCUUUCUUAUAACUACUAUGUGGGAUCAAAUACACACAAGAGGGCCAGACUAUCGUGAGGCCGAAAUGAGAGAAACCCGCCUCUCAUCUACGAUAGAGUUCUGGGGAACAUUGUGUCAACAAGGCAGCCAAACACGACGGUGGCUAGGCGACUAUGAGACAGGUAUAAAAGCAAUCACUGAGCUACUGGCGUUGAACGAAAAUGGGGGCUACUUGACUCAACAACUCCAAAGGGAGCUGGUAGAUGAAAAUAGACCCCUAGCAGAAACCAUGGCUGGGCGAGAGUUGCUUAUGGAGUAUUCAUCAGUCGAGAGAAAAUGCGUCCAGGAGGUUUGGUCUUUCGAGCAAGGAGCCUGCAAUGAGUCAGAGGCAUCCACUUCUCUUUUGGAAAUUCGGAGUCAACUUCAGGAGAUGAAACUUGCUCAACAAGAAUUGCGCGUCUCCUUACGGAGCGUGUUUAUCGAAAGAGAGAAGGCGUACAGCAAAGUCUUGCAGAAAGUUUGCACUGAGCAAAAGCAACUGGCUAAAGAGGUCGAGAAAGGCACACGUGAUUAUCAACGACUCUUGCAUGAUAAUAGCGCCAACGAUGCUUUGUUGGGGGAGGAGCGGCAGAACUGGCAAUUGAGGCGACAAGAGCUUGAAGACGAAGAAAGACUUGGUCACAGGACGAGAGAAAGUGCCCAGGAAGAGCGUCGUCGGAUUGAGGAGGAGGAAAACGAUUUCCACGAAUCACUUCAACAGCUCAGUCUGGAAAAUGAAGAGCAAUGCGUCGAGACUCAACAGAUGGUAGAGAAACUACGCAAACGCGACGUGAUGAAACGAAACUUACUACCGCUUCUAGGAGUCCUUGGGGGAACUGGGCUUGCCAUUGCCGGUACGGUAACGGGACUGGCUCCGCUCGCUGGAGCAGGAAUAGGCGUGGGUUUUGCAUAUGCUUCUAAACUAGAGUUCUCUCGGAAGACGGAAGAUCAUACGAGCAGCAAGUUCUCUCUGUGGGAGGGAGUUCUGGGAGGAGGCCAAGGGGCCGCCGGGGCAAGUCUAGACUAG